AUGCGUGACUACAGAACCAUGCGUGACUACAGAACCAUGUGUGACUACAGCACCAUGUGUGACUACAGAACCAUGUGUGACUACAGAACCAUGUGUGACUACAGAACCAUGUGUGACUACAGAACCAUGUGUGACUACAGAACCAUGUGUGACUACAGCACCAUGUGUGACUACAGAACCAUGUGUGACUACAGAACCAUGUGUGACUACAGAACCAUGUGUGACUACAGAACCAUGUGUGACUACAGCACCAUGUGUGACUACAGAACCAUGUGUGACUACAGCACCAUGUGUGACUUCAGAACCAUGUGUGACUACAGCACCAUGUGUGACUACAGAACCAUGUGUGACUACAGAACCAUGUGUGACUACAGAACCAUGUGUGACUACAGCACCAUGUGUGACUACAGCACCAUGUGUGACUACAGCACCAUGUGUGACUACGAACCAUGUGUGACUACGAACCAUGUGUGA